AUGGCGCUCCCCGCCCUGGCCGGCGGGCAAGAUGGUGCUCUGCAUUGCGUAUCAGCAGCACCUGGGGCGAGGACUAGACAGGGCGGCGCAAUCAAUCGCAGUCCGGUAGAUAGAACAGACAACGGCACGACGACAAGCAGGAAGCACGAGUUUGGAGUUCGAGUGUUAUUCAAAGGCGAAAAAAGAGCCGCCGAGGAAGCGAAGACGGCAAAGAACAACGACGACAACGGCGGCGACGGCGACGACGAGCAGACAGACGCCAGAACGCUCGAGACGGCGGUUUGUGAUACGCUUGGGAGGAGGCGACUGUGGGCCAGCAGCAGCCAGGUAGAAGAGAUCGAGGGAGACGAGAAGGAUAAGCGGAAGACGGGAGACGCUGAUAGCUGGAGGAAGGCCGGGUUAUCCUGCGAUAUCGUCCUGUCCGGCUGUCUUCAUCCUUCGUACUAG